AUGCACAUGGGAGGAUGUGGUGGAUUAGAUUCACCUCAAAGUUAUAAUUAUUCUUUGGCGGCUGUAGGAAUUCCUUUUAAUAUUCCCAUCUCUGCUACAACACAACAGGUAAAACCUUCAACAAAACAGCCUACCAAUCCUGAUGCCAGUAUGGAUCAAAUUUUGUUUUUAUGUAUAGUAACUUUAUCAGUAUUAUUGCAAUGCUCUGCGAACCAUUUAUCAGGGAGCUAUUAUAGGCGUUAUCCAUAUCAACUACCACCUCGACCAUCAACACCAAAACCCAAACCAACUACAACUUCCACGACAACCACAACAGCUGCAGGGGAGUAUGAGCCCCCUGAAAUGGAAGGAGUUACAUCGACAACAACAACGACAGCAAAACCGACGGUGAAAUCGACAACUAAAAAAACACCUCGUCCUUAUUCUGGAUAUCAAUAUCCACCGUAUAAUUACAAUCAGCAUUAUCAACAAUCGCCGUAUAAUGCGCAACACAACCAAGGUGGCAGUUAUUCAUAUAAUCCUCAUAACGCGCAAGGUGGCAGUUAUCCAUAUACUUAUCAACACGGACAACAGCAACAGCCGUACAAUCAGCAAGCACAUAACAAUCAACAAAACCAGCAUCCAUAUAAUCAACAGGCAAAUAAUCAACAGCCAUAUAAUCAACAAAACCAGCAUCCAUAUAAUCAACAGGCAAAUAAUAAACAGCCAUAUAAUCAGCGAAACCAACAUCCAUAUUAUAAACAGGCAAAUAAUCAACAGCCAUAUAACCAUCAGGCAUACAAUCAACAGCCGUAUAAUCAACACACAGGACACAAUAAAAAUGCAUUGAGUAAUCAGCAAAAGCAGAACCACAAACAAUAUCAGCAAACUACUAUGAGUUAUCAACAGUAUCAGCAAAAGUAUCUUCAAGGAUAUCAAGCAGGACAAAAUCAACAACAAAGAUAUCAAAAUCAACAACCUUACCAUAAUCAACAACAAAGCAUGCAACGGAACCAGCAUCGAUCAAAUGGUAUUCCCACGCCUCCACCAAACAAACCGCGACAGCAGAUUUUACCGAAUAAACAGCAGGUAUUUCAUAAUAAUGUACAAAACUGGGGUCAUACGGCAAGUAACAAAACACCCGAACUUUCUUUGACUGGUAAAAUAUCAUCUGUAAGUGUGCAAGGACAGCCAGGAUGGGGCAGUGGUCUUCAAGCACCCAGCAAUGCUUAUCAACAGCAAAAUCAGCCAAUUCAGACACAGCUCUCCACAAUGCAAAAUAUCAAAAACCAACCAGUGCAAGGGCCAAUCACAGCAAAUUCAGUCCAAUCCCUAAACCAACAAGGACACCAAGUACAUCAAAACGCAUAUCUUCCAAAUGCAGGUGAACAACAAAACCAACAAUUAAAACCUAUACAACAAGCACAACAGGUUCCGAUUACUACACAGCAGGCAGCAGUGCGGAGACAAGCUCCUCCUAAUACGAAUUUGAUGAACCAAUAUGUUCAGGCAAUACAGAAACUACAAGCUCAAAUGAAUAAUAAUAAACCUGUUAAUCCUCCAUACACCGCGUUAACGGCACAACAGCAAUCAAUACAGCAACAAAAUGUCGUUGUUAAACCUAUACGAAGGGAAUUUCAACAGCCUAGCCAGCAAAAUCAAUUGAUCCCCGAUAAACAAUCAAGUAAAGAUAUGUUCAGUGCGCCGGUAUCUGUUCCACCUAAACUAUCAGGCAUACAGCAGACCAAACUUAAAGAUUCAUUUAACAAAGUACUUGGAGUAACAAAACCGUCAACAACUAUCAAUCCGUUCAUGGAUUUAUUUGGAUUAAAUAAUCAAGGAUUUGUGCGAACAACUGCACCUACACCUACGUCUGCGCCUCAACAAGAUCCGUUCUUUUCAAUGGCACAAUCAUUUGAGACGAUGCUUAGAACUGGAUAUGCUGCUUCAGCACUCACUGGACAGGGACCAAUGUUUCCAUCAUUAUUCGAGUUGUAA